UGGUUCCAGCAGGUUUGUAACUCUUCACAUGGUUCCAGCAGAAGGUUUGUAACUCUUCACAUGGUUCCAUCAGGUUUGUAACUCUUCACAUGGUUCCAGCAGAAGGUUUGUAACUCUUCACAUGGUUCCAGCAGCAGGUUUGUAACUCUUCACAUGGUUCCAGCAGGUUUGUAACUCUUCACAUGGUUCCAGCAGAAGGUUUGUAACUCUUCACAUGGUUCCAUCAGGUUUGUAACUCUUCACAUGGUUCCAGCAGAAGGUUUGUAACUCUUCACAUGGUUCCAGCAGAAGGUAAUUGAGCUGUCUCUGGUAAGUGUCUGAGGGUAGCACAGAGGGAGGGGCAACGUGGGAAAGAUAGAGGGAGGAGACCGAGGGAGGGAGGGGGAGUCCACUUUGAGCAGGAGAGUCAGACAGAAGUAGGUAGAACCACAGUUUGUAGAGGAUUAUGGCUAGAGAGAGAGACAGACAGAGACAGACAGAGAGAGAGAGAUAAAGAGACAGACAGAGAGAGAGAGAGAGAGAAAGAGAAAGAGACCGACACAGUAAGAGAGAGAGAGAUACGGAGGCCGACACAGUGAGAGGGUGGGAGAGAGAGAGACAUACGGACACAUACACAGAGAGGGAGGGAGAGAGACUUAAGGAGAAAGACAGAGAAAGAGGGAGGGAGAGAGACAUACAGAGAUACACAGAGCGAGCGAGAGGAAGGGAGAGAGACAUACAGAGACAUACACAGAGCGAGAGGGAGGGAGAGACAUACGGAGACCGACACAGAGAGGGAAGGAGGCAGAGAGACAGAGAGGGGGGAGAAAGAGAGAUAUACAGGGACCGACACAGAGAGACAGAGGGGGGGGAGAAAGAGAGAUAUACAGGGACCGACACAGAGAGGGAAGGAGGCAGAGAGACAGAGAGGGGGGGAGAAAGAGAGAUAUACAGGGACCGACACAGAGAGGGAAGGAGGCAGAGAGACAGAGAGGGGGGAGAAAGAGAGAUAUACAGGGACCGACACAGAGAGAAAAGGAGGCAGAGAGACAGAGAGAGGGAGGGAGAAAGAGACAGAUAUAGAUUUGGAGACGGACAAAGAGGUGGCUGAAAGUGAGGUAGUGUGUGCGUCUGUUUUGAUUGGAGACAUGGAGAUGGAGCGUCUAGGUGUGUGUGUUUCUAAACCAGGAAACAGUCGUGUCCUAAAGGCUGCGCUGGCCGCGUGUGUGUGUUUCUGCAUCGCUCUGCUGCUUGCUGUCAUACUGGUUUCCCAGAGAGCCAAUCAGGAUGUCUUCUGCCUAACUCCAGAAUGCAUUGAAGCAGCUGGUUCCGUCCUCAGUAAGAUGGACCGGGCCGUGGCUCCCUGUGACGACUUCUAUGGGUUCUCCUGUGGUGGCUGGCUGAGAGACAACCCUAUUCCUGAAGACUCCUCUUCGUACGGCGUCUACCCCUGGUUACGCCAACACGUUGACAUCACACUCAAAGACUUGCUGGAGGCUCCAUCAGAGUCAGAUGAGAUAGAAGCUGUCAGGAAGGCCAAGGUCUUCUACCGCUCCUGUAUGGACGAAGCUAUAUUGGAGAAAGUGGACAGUGGUCCUCUGUUGAAGCUUUUACAGCAGCCUGAGUUUCACUGGCCCGUCCUGGGGGAGGGGCUUGGUGGGGAGUGGCUCUGGUCACCAGGACGAUGGGACCUGCUACAGACAUUGGCUCAGAUUAGGAACCAACACAGCAAGAGUGUUCUGAUUCGCUUAUACAUCGCCCCAGAUGACAAGAACUCCACCAACUACAUAAUUAAGUUGGAUCAGGCAUCUUUGUCUCUCUCCUCCAGAGAAGAUUACAUCACCAACACCACCAGCGCUCAGGCAUAUCGUAGUGCUCUCCUGAACCUCAUGGUGGACGUAGCAGUGAUGUUAGGAGCUCCACUGGAAGCAGCUGAGAUUCAGAUGAGUGAAGCACUGGCCUUUGAGACCAAACUGGCUCAGAUUGUGAUUCCAUUCGAGAACCGGACCAGUGAGAACAUGUACAACAGAUACACCAUCUCCCGCCUCCACCGCUCCAUACCACAGUUUGACUGGUUGUCCUUUGUGAAGUCAGUAUUAGAGUCAAAAGGAGAAGGUAUUUCUGUCUACUCCUCUGAGCCAGUGGUCGUCCGUGUCCCCACAUACUUCAAACAGCUGUUUAAACUCCUCAACACCACUGAACCCAGGACAGUUAGUAACUAUGUCAUAUGGAGGACAGUGUUCUCCAGGAUCACGACUCUCAGCCGACGCUUCCUGUACAGAUAUCUGGACUUCACACGGGUAACCACAGGAACGACCUCCCUGACCCCUCGUUGGGAUAAGUGUGUUAACUACGUAGAGAACACUCUGGCCUACGCCACCGGACGACUCUUCAUCAACACACACUUCCAGGAGGACAAGAAACACAUGAUGGAGGAGCUGAUUGAAGGAGUUCGCUGGGCGUUCAUCAACAUGCUGGAGAGAGACAACGAUUGGAUGGAUGGACCGACCAAGAAGAAAGCUAUAGAAAAGGCCCAGACAGUCCUGGCUAAGGUUGGCUAUCCUGAGUUCAUACUGAAUGACACCUACAUCAACCAAGACAUAAAACAGCUUGUAUUCUCUGAGGACAAUUACUUCGGUAAUGUGAUGCAGACUCUGCGUUUCGUUGCCCAAUCGGAUCUCAGCUGGCUGCGGAGGACUGUCCCUCGCACUGAGUGGUUCACCAAUCCCACGACAGUCAACGCCUUCUACAGCUCUUCCACCAAUCAAAUCAGGUUUCCGGCUGGAGAGCUCCAGAAGCCUUUCUUCUGGGGGCGGGACUAUCCUCGGUCUCUUAGCUAUGGAGCCAUAGGAGUGAUUGUAGGACAUGAACUAACACACGGCUUUGACAACAAUGGGAGGAAGUAUGAUAAGGAUGGUAACAUGGACCAGUGGUGGAGCAACGCGUCAAUCACAGCCUUCACUGACAAGACCCAGUGUAUGAUCGACCAAUACAACAGCUAUCGCUGGGAGGAGGCGGGACUAAAUGUGAGGGGGAAGAGGACCCUAGCAGAGAACAUUGCAGACAAUGGUGGGAUCAGAGAAGCUUUCAAAGCCUAUAGGAGGUGGAUAGAAGAGAGUAGAGGAGGAAUUGAGGAGCCAUUACUUCCAGGAGUUGGACUCAACAACAACCAGCUGUUCUUUCUCAGCUACGCACACGUGCGCUGUAACUCCUACAGACCUGAAGCGGCAAGGGACCAGAUUCAGAGUGGAGCCCACAGCCCCCCAAAGUACAGGGUUGUCGGGGCAAUGAGUAACUAUGAGGAGUUCCGACAGGCGUUCAGUUGUCCCGAUUCAUCGGUUAUGAACCGAGGGGCGGAGUCCUGCCGUAUUUGGUGAAUUGUUCUACUGCUGAAUCGCACUGACAUUUUCCUUUCUCUCCCUCUUCCCCUCCUCUCCCUCUUCCCCUCCUCUCCCUCUUCCCCUCCUCUCCCUCUUCCCCUCCUCUCCCUCUUGUGUGUGUAAUGAAGUAACUUGAUUUAUUCUAUAUUACUGUAACUUGAUUUAUUCUAUAUUACUGUAACUUGAUUUAUUCUAUAUUACUGUAACUUGAUUUAUUCUAUAUUACUGUAACUUGAUUUAUUCUAUAUUACUGUAACUUGAUUUAUUCUAUAUUACUGUAACUUGAUUUAUUCUAUAUUACUGUAACUUGAUUUAUUCUAUAUUACUGUAACUUGAUUUAUUCUAUAUUACUGUAACCUAAUUUAUUCCCUAUUAUUGUAACUUGAUUUAUUCUAUAUUACUGUAACUUGAUUUAUUCUAUAUUACUGUAACUUGAUUUAUUCUAUAUUACUGUAACUUGAUUUAUUCUAUAUUACUGUAACCUAAUUUAUUCCCUAUUAUUGUAACUUGAUUUAUUCUAUAUUACUGUAACUUGAUUUAUUCUAUAUUACUGUAACUUGAUUUAUUCUAUAUUACUGUAACUUGAUUUAUUCUAUAUUACAGUAACUUGAUUUAUUCUAUAUUACAGCAAUUAGAUUUAUUCAAUAUUACAGCAAUUAGAUUUAUUCUAUAUUACUGUAACUUGAUUUAUUCUAUAUUACUGUAACUUGAUUUAUUCUAUAUUACUGUAACUUGAUUUAUUCUAUAUUACUGUAACUUGAUUUAUUCUAUAUUACAGCAAUUAGAUUUAUUCUAUAUUACAGCAAUUAGAUUUAUUCUAUAUUACUAUAUUCUCUUUUACUGCGACAAAAUCGCACACGUACGUCCUCUUCUCUCUCUGAGUUAAAGACAUCCAUCCUGGCUAUUACAGGCUAUUACAGUCAAUUAUGUCUGCAGUUCCCAUGGCAACCUAUAGCGUGUCUACAUAAAACAGUUACCCCUCA